GAUGGUCAAGAAUUGCCAUCGUGACUAAAAUGGUCCAAAAUUACAUGAGGAGCACGUGGCGCUGGAUCACAUGCCGCACCGCCACCCCGGGCUGCUCCGUCAUCAGGCCAGGUCCCUCCGUCAUCCCCUUAUCUCUCUUCCAUCUACCAUCAUCCUAGGAUGGUUAUUCCAUCUGAGAAACAUCUAUAAGUUCUUCCAUUCGAUUGCAGUCAGGAUGCCGCCUUCUAACGGGCACCUGCUGCUCCCCAAGCUCUGGAGAGCAGCCAGGUCUGCCUACGAGAAGGCCUAUAAGACUAUCAAGUCUAGGUUCCCAGAGCAAUUCCAACAAAGCUCACUUCGCCUUCAACCUGAGUAUGUGCGUGUAGUCAACAGACACCCUACCAAUCGGGCCGCUGCUAUCCGUCAAGCUCGUGGUCGUCACUACUACUCCACCCGGGCAGCAAGCUCCUUCAUCUCCUACAUUCGCAGUGGCCUCCAGGGCGACCGUACUGCCUACAAGACAUCUCGCGUCGCAGCUAAUGUCAGUCGCUUGACCAAACAUGCUCCUUUCGCCUCAACCCUUCGUCCGAAUCUGACGGGCGGCACCCUGGGCCGCACAGCGGGUGGCUAUGCAAUUGGCGCCGGCCGUAUCGGUGGCGCACGAUACUUUUCCCAUGGCGCAGCUGCCCCUGCCCAGGUCAUCAAUAAUGUCUCUGUCGGUGUCCGGGCGUUCUUCCUCUCAGGACAGAAGGCUCGGUUUGAUGGGAUUGAUCCAAUUACCGGCAACAAGCGGUUCAAAACCGUGAGCAAGCUUCAAGAUGAGGCUGAGCGCAAGAUGGCUGCAAUUCCUCGCACGGCUCCCGGCUCCUUUGUCGACUUCCAGAUUUCCCCAACAAUCACCGCUUUCGGCCUGCAGAAGAACCUGGUGGCGACUGGCGCUGGGGAUGCCCAGACCAUCAACUCAGACGGUCUCCUCGAUUUCUUGUCCGCGGACUUUGCCCGUGCCCUCAAGGAUCUUGCUGCUGUGCUCAAUGACCUGAAGAGGCUAUCUACACUGGGUGACCUGCCUAUUCUGUUACAUGAUAAAUCGACGAUUAGAGUGCGGUUCCCUGGUUGCGAUGCUAGUACUGUUGAACGUCUCUGUGACGAGGCUGGGGUCAAGAGGGGCAAGAUAGUGCAGGAUGAGGACUUCGACAUUCGUACAGGUGCCGACCUCGCUCUCUUGUUUCCCUUUGCCCCUAGUGUCCCGGCUUCCCCUGACGUAAAUGAGUACUUCUAUCGCUCUGGGACCCUGAAGUCACAGACUCCUGAGGAGGUUGACUGGCAUGCCAUGAUGUCCCCAGAGGAUGUGUCCGAGGCAUCCGAAGCAUCUCCCGAACCCUACAAGCAGCCCUUCAAUCAGCUCAGUUUUGAGGAUGUUGCUAUGUUUGGUGAGAACCCAUGGAUGUCUUCUCCAUCAGGAUAUUCCAGCAUCAAUGUCAGCGAACUUGGCGAUCGUGCCUUCUUUGCUGAAGUCGCAAGCAUUGGUGUACCUGAGAGUGCCUCCGAGUACGACGGAUCGGAUGGAAUACGCAAAUUUAUAGCAGAGUGUGAUCUUGCUUCGCGACAUUAUGGGCAGGCUUUCUAGCCCGCUACACUUAAACAUACCGACUUUGACAGUCAUUUAUUUCCUAUUGUUGUGAUUCUAUUUGAAGCAUAUAAUUCAUUAUUCUCAACCCAAAGUGCCUGAUGACGACAACAAACGAAAAUGAUUAAAAAAAGAUUUAUCUAUAGCUUUCUGUUGAAGAGGCCUACAUAUAUCCCAACAAUCAUUACUUCAUAUAUAGGAGAGAAUUAGUUUAAUUAAUUUUGAUCUUUUUUCCCUGGAA